AAUGGUGUUACUCCAAAUUUUAUGGUUUGAAAAGGAAACAUGCCUUAAAAUUGUUCCAAAAAUUUGAAGCACGAGAAUGCAUUCAUAGAAUAGAAAGGGUGGGAUUUUAGUACCUAAUAAUGAGAAAUAGGAAAGAAACGGAAGUGCAACAAAAAAACAUUUAUGAUUUUAAAGUUUGUGCACCGAGUAACGUUGACACUUUUUAAGAAGAAUUGAGACAAUGAUGACUGAUUAGAGAACAAAAACUUAACGUUGACACUUCCCUUUUCCCUAAGUUGUUUAUUUUUCCACCGAUUUUCUCUACCUUUUCUGCCGUUGCAAGAAUCAUCCAACCUCCCUGCAAAAUCUUCUCACGCAAUUUUGUGAGCAAGGUUGAGGUUGUGCUUCCCCAUGGUGUUGUUCUUGUGAUGGGGUUGGCAAAUUGGUGUGUUUAAGGGUGAUUCUGGGAUCUGGCAGACGCAGAAACGUGUGGAUCUCUGCAAUUCCUGUAGUUUUUUUCAUCUGGGUAUAGUUGUUUUGUUAUGGGUUGGAGAUACAAGGCAGGGUUGUUCCUCAUAGCUACUGUGGUUAUCAUAUGGGUCACGUCAGCUGAAGUCACCCAGGAUAUUUUUAUAGAUUACAAGCAGCCAUUUGCAGUGACAUAUCUCGGAGCUUCUCUUAUGGUAGUUUACCUCCCAGUAGCAUUCAUCAAGGACUUGUUGUGCAAAUUAAUUAAACACCACUCUUCUAAAAAAAAUGCAAAAGUUGGGGUUGAGUUUUCUAUCAUGAGUUCUUCUCCUCUCAAGGGCAAUGGAGUGCAGAAACACAAUGAAGUAGAACUGGGGAGCGUGACUCGUAAAGAUAGUGAUCCAAACCUUUCAACACAUGAAGAAGUAAAGCCAUUGGUGGCUAAAUAUAAUGAUACUAAUUUGAUAAAGGCAGAGAAACAACUUACUACAAGGGAAAUUGCUACUUAUGGAUUUUACAUUGCACCUAUUUGGUUUUUAACAGAGUAUCUAUCAAAUGCUGCCCUUGCACGAACAAGUGUUGCAAGUACAACAGUAUUGUCAUCCACCUCAGGACUCUUCACUCUCUUCAUUGGCGUGUUUAUGGGCCAAGACACUUUAAAUGUCGCAAAAGUAGUUGCUGUUUUGGUCAGCAUGGCCGGGGUUUUGAUGACAACUCUGGGGAAAACGUGGGCUGCAGAUGACAAGCUAUCAAAUGCUUCCAAUGGUCAGCGCUCUUUUGUUGGAGAUCUUUUUGGCCUUCUCUCGGCCAUGUCAUAUGGUCUAUUUACAGUGCUUCUUAAAAAAUUUUCUGGUGAAGAAGGAGAACGGGUUGAUGUGCAAAAGCUGUUUGGAUAUAUUGGAUUGUUUACACUUUUAGCACUAUGGUGGCUUAUCUGGCCAUUGUCAGCCUUAGGAAUUGAACCCAAGUUUACGAUUCCCCAUUCGGUUAGAUUGGACGAAGUGGUUCUUGCCAAUGGAUUUGUUGGAAGUGUUCUCUCAGACUACUUCUGGGCACUCUGUGUUGUAUGGACAACUCCCCUUGUGGCCACUUUGGGCAUGUCACUCACCAUUCCUCUUGCUAUGUUGGCUGACAUGUUGAUCCAUGGCCGGCAUUAUUCAGCAUUGUACAUUCUUGGCUCACUUCAGGUAUUUGCAGGCUUUGUGAUAGCUAAUAUUUCAGAGUGUUUGACCAUGAGGCUGGGAUUAUAGCACAUUCUUUCCUAUACUGAUUCUUGCUUAGGUUGUUUAUCUUUUUGAGUCAACAUGUUGGAAAAACCAAUGUCGCUUCCCAUGUUGUAUUGUUCUGUGUAUAUGGUUUUAGAGCGAGGCCUUUGUUGUAAAAUUGAAAGUGUCCAAGAUGAGCUUUGUAAAGAAGCAUUUUACAUAGGUAAAUGCCUUCUUGAAGAAAAUUAGGAUUUCAUUAAAACAUGAAAGCAAGAAAUACCCAGUUAAAACAAUGAUAAGUACUUAUAUAAACAAUUUAAUCUCGUUAA